GUUUUUUUUUCUGCGCUGACGUUUAGUCUGCCGAUGAGCUGCGGCAUCUUUGCGGGGUUUUAGUCCUAGACUAAGUUACUUUUUUUAAAUAAAGAAAAUUCCAGAUUAGAAAAGACCGUGUCCGUGUAUCUGCAAUGGCCAACCCUAGGGUUUUCUUUGACAUCACCGUCAAUGGCACCAGUGCAGGGAGGAUUGUGAUUGAGCUGAGAGCCGAUGUGGUUCCAAAAACUGCUGAGAACUUCCGGGCCCUGUGCACCGGGGAGAAGGGCUUCGGCUACAAGGGAUCUGGCUUCCACCGCAUCAUCCCCGGCUUCAUGUGCCAGGGAGGCGACUUCACCAAGCACAACGGAACUGGAGGAAAGUCCAUCUAUGGUGAGAAGUUUGCUGAUGAGAACUUCACCCUGAAGCACCAGGGAUUGGGCACACUGUCCAUGGCCAACGCUGGACCCAACACCAACGGCUCCCAGUUCUUCAUCUGCACUGCUGAUACCGCUUGGCUGGACGGAAAGCACGUUGUGUUUGGGAAAGUCGUUGAGGGUAUUGAUGUCGUCGAGGCUGUUGAGAAGAAGGGAAGCAGCAGCGGGAAGUGCUCCGCUAAGGUCCUCAUUGCCGACUGCGGCCAGCUUUAAAGAUCGACACCCACCCCUCCCGCCCCUCCAAUCAUUACGUUUUCAUUUGUUAAUCCCAUUUUUUAUUGUGAUUUUCUAAGCCAUUCCUCUCCUUAAUGAAAUACUUGUUCCACGUGUCCUGGCAUUUUACGUAUUAUGAGAAACUCCAUUUGUUUAACAAAGUAAAUAUUAAAGCUGGAACAAGAUUCUUUAUGAAUUAUUUUUGUUAGUAAGAGAAGUAGAUCAGAAUUUGUUUGUUGUUGAAGAGGUUCAGUAUUCUCAUGGCCUUCAAAACCACAGAGUAUGAUUCCUAUCCUCUGGAAUGUUCUGGGAACAAAUGUUAUUAAAAUCCUUUUGAUUUUGA